AUGAAAUUCUUGGAGGAGAUAUGUGGCUUAGCUUGUAUUUUCUUAACUUGGAGCAAUGGUUUGGAAUCGAGGAUGCAACCCAAUCAGAGUGAUGAUACAUGGGGAGUCUUCCAAGUGGGACCCGAUGGCCUUAUCCCAGUAGACGAAGAAGUAUACCACAACCGUCUACGCAACCAAGCUUAUGUGGACGUAGUUAAUGAAGUUAUAGAUACAGGAUAUAGAAGGAUGUUUUAUACACCAGAUAUGCAGAGACUGGUUGUUAGACAUCGGUUGCAAGCCAACAAUAUUAUGAACCCAGAAGAUGAAGCAUAUUUGGAACUUCUGGAACUUGAUGCUCUAUCUGCUGGGUCUAUUGGGUCAGCUACUUUAGUGGUUAUCACUGAACCACAAAAUUCUAAUCCAACUGUCAUCAAUCUAAUGAUAAUCACUGAAGCAGCUGAUGUAAUAGACCCAACAGAUAAAGCAUCAAGGUCCAGAAGUUCCAAAUAUGCUUCAUCUUCUGGUUCUGGGACAUGGGGUGGUGGCCAAAUAUCAGCAACUAUAAUCGCAGCAUCUUCUAACACCUAG